AUGGCUGAAAUCCCAAGAAGUGUGUUGAAUAAACUUAUCUUUUUCACUGGAGGAAUGAUUAUAUUUCCCAUCACAUCAUUUUUCAUUAUUCAGUAUUUGUUCAAUAAUACUUUAGUCAGUGGAGGUAUUGCUGCGUUGGUUGCUAAUGUGGUGUUGAUAGGGUUUAUAGUGGUUGCGUUUAAUGAGGAGUUACCUAUGGAUGAGAAGAAGGAGCAGUAG